UCCCCGCUGCAGCCCCUCGGGCGCAGCGGCAUUGACCUGGCCGCGCGGGCCCAGGGCUCCAGGGAUGCGAGGGGCGUCGACGGCCGCGGCUCGGAAGACUUGGAGAGGUUGCCGCCCGAGGGUCGCGAGGGGCUGCGGUCGCUGCUGACGUUGCUGCCGGCUGGCGGCGAGCGCGUCGUCGGUCUCCUCCCGCUGGUGCCCGUCAUCUGGUCCCGCGCGCGCUCUGCGGUCACCUCGGCGGGCAUCGAGCUGGGGGUGGCGGCCGCUGCCCUGCUGCUGGACGUGGGGGCCUUCUGCGACGUGGUGCCCUUGGUCAAGCGGAUGGCCAUCGGGGGGCGGCUGCAGUGCCCCGCUAUGGCGAUGGCCUUGGAGGUUCAGCUGUUCCCGGCUCCGCGCUAUCUGAAGGAUGGCCGCCGCGGGUGCCCAGAGCAGGUGGAGGCGGCCCGUUCUGUCGUGGCGGGGUCGGCGCAUGGGGGUCCCCUCGGCAAGCUGCAUCUCCGCUCGCCGCUGCAGCGGGCGCGCGUGAUGCGCCCGAGAGCUGGCCUGUGGAACUUCAUCGAUGACGCGGCCAUCCGCUGCGAGGGGUCGGCCAGCGCCCCUGAGCAGGAGCUCUCCCGCAUGGCCAAGGCGCUCAAAGAUGGCAUGGGCGAGCAGGAGCUCAUCUGCUCGGUGAUCAAGACGGUGCUCGCGGCGUCCCACAGCGUGUUGGCAGCCCACCUGUCGGACAGUCUCGCGGCCGUGGGCAUCCCGCGCUCGGCGGCCGACAGGGCGGUGGACUCGGGCAUCGACGCUGCCUCGGGGCGUCGCAGGGUGCGCGCCAGGGCGUCGGCUCGCAUCGCUGCUGGAGCCCGACGAUGGAGGCGCAUCGCGAAGCUGCGACGGCCCACCGCCAGAACGACGGAGUUCCGCGGGUUGCGGGCCGCGGGCGCGCUGCCGCAGUCGGUCUACGGUCACCAGGUCAACGACGCGCGCGCCUCCUGGACUGGUGCGGCAGCUGCGACGACGGGCUGGACUGGGCUCGCUGCAGGCUACGGCCGUUGGACAUGGGCUGGGGCCCCGCGCGCGGCCUCUGUCUGGGCGCUCCCGGCGGCCGAGGGCGUGGGCGAGAGGAGGCUGGCGGGCGCCGACGACGACAGUUUCCACGCCUGCGCCGGUUUCAGCGGGGUGCUCGGGGCGUCGAGGACCUCGGGCGCCAGCUCUGGCAGCCUGCGGCGUCGCAUCUGCGUGGGGGCGACCUCGUCGACGGCGCGGGCUCCCUGCGCGUCGGCCGCGAGCGAACUCAGGGAGCUGGAGCGCGAGUCCCGUCAUGCUGAGUGGGGCCUCGCCCUCGCUGUCGUCUCUGACGGCCAGUGGACGAGAUCCCGUCGUGCUGCUGUUGGCUACGUGUUGGAGCAGGAGGGCUGCGCGCGGUGCGGCUGUGCGGUCGAGGCUCUGGUGCGCAGGAUCUGGCAGUGUCCUGCGAACGUUGGCGAGGUCUUCGGGUCCACGGCUGCCCCGGUGCUUCGGGCGCUCGCUGGGCAUGGGGCGUCGCCCGCGAUGUGGUUGCGAGGGGUGCCCGCCUCCUGCUUGAUCGCCCCCGUCUUCUGUGACCAGAGGGCGGGGCAGGCCGCAGUGUCUUUCGGCGUGGGCGGCGCCCUGGAGGCGACGAGGCGCGAGGGCGGCUUCGUGGUGGUCAGCGGUGAUGGCUCGGGCGGGGAGAGCCCCGGCGACCCGGGGCGCAUGCGUUGUGCGAACAGCAUCGUGGUCGUGGGCCAGGACGAGGAGGGGCUGUGGACCGAGUUGCGUUGGUUCCGCGCUGUGCCUGUUCCUGGCGGACGGCCGACGGUGCCGCGUGCUGAGAUCCUCGGGUACGUGCUGGCGCUGGAGUCCGUCGGAGGGAACCUGAGGUGCGUGACUGACCACGAGCCCCUCUGGCGGUGCUGGGAGAGGCGGAUGGCGGCCGUCCAGCCCGGCGGCGCCAACGAGGACCUUUGGCAGCGCGCGCGUCUGGCGCGGCGCCGCAGGUCCCCUGGCAUGAUCGAGGUUGGCUGGGUGCCCGCGCGCACGGGCGAGAGGGACCACCCGCGACCGCUCAGGGCGGAGUCGGACCUCGAUCGGGCGCUGGGCAACGCUGCUGCUGAUGCGUUCGCGAGCGCGACGACGGCGGCCUGCUGGCGGCUGGGGCUCGCGGGGGCUGAGCCGCGCACCGACGUCGUCGGCGCUGGGGCCCGCGUGCUCUGGUGGCGUGCCUGCAGGGCCCUUGAGUUCGCAGCUGAG